UCUAGCUGGAUCGCCACAAGUGGGAACGGAGACUCAGCACAAAGAUGAUCAACAAAACCUUCCUUGCCGUCCUUGUACUUCUGGCUUCUUGCGUAGUUCUCAUGCAAGGAAUGCCAACCUCCAUCAGGGAACGCUGUUUAUGCAGAAGACAAUUCCCUUCUGUGAACAUGGAGCUUGUGGCUACAGUUCAGUACCACAAGUCAACCGGCAGCUGUGGUCAAGAGGAGCUGCUAGUGAUUUUCAAAAAUGGUGGCCGAAGACGUUGUCUCAACAUUCAUCUGAGGCAGGGCAGGAGAAUCAAAGAGGCAAUCAUGAAGAAAAAUAAUGCCAGAAAGUGAGGUUCAUGCUGACAUUUGGAGAAGCGGCUUCACAUACUUCACUUCGCUUCUUACGGACUCAUAAUCAGCUUCUGAAGGAUGCGGAAUCUAUGACACCCAAGUUGGAAACCACCAGUCCAACAGCAUUAUUCUUAUCAAGCUGCUGGGAUUUAGAAAUGACCCCAAGUUCUUCCUGUAGGAAUGUAUUAAAACAACAACAGCUGUGUAAUGAGGCAAAAUGUCUGUGAUUUUGUCUUGAUUUUGACAUCACUCUCGAUGGAAGAUCUUUAUUCUUUCUAUGUGAUCGAACAAGUUAUAACAAUGUGAUACUGGCAUAUUUCAUCCCUGAAUAUUUUAUGUUUAUUAUGCCACUAUAUACUUCCAUUCCUAAUCAUGAAUUAUGUGUAUUGUAAUGUUGCAGCACAAGCUUCACCUUUUUUACUAUUGUUGCAAUGUUGUGUGCAAGUACCCAAGUCACAGGAUUGGAUUCGUGACAUCAUAACACACAUUACCCCCCCCACACACACACACACAUUGAGUCCUCUGUGGACACCUAUGUAUAUAGCCUAUUAUAGUUAAUGAUAAAGAGGAUAUUUCUUUAAUAUUUCCUAAGGGUCAUUAAGCUAUUCUCUGUCCAAAGUUUACUCACACGGUAUGUCCUCAAAACACAUUUAACCUGAUUACUGAAUGAUUCCUGGGUUCUCACAUAUCCCAAAUCAUAAAUUAACCAAACAGGAUGAAUUGCACAACACACACAUCCCACACAAAACCAAGCUUUGCCAUUGUGGAAAUGCAGUGGCUAGAUUUGCAACUGAUCUGGUUCAACCUACCGUGCCUAGCUAAAUUUUUCAACCGAUAUAAGGAGAAUAGAAUACUUUUGGUCUGUUUUCGCAGCAGUAAUCAUUCAAACUUUUGUGUAUUGUGACCUUGCAAAUUACCCGCUUCUUUUUUCCCCUCAUCCAUCAACAGACUCAACAGCCUAGAUUUAUGUUAUCUGUUUCCUGAUUCCAGCCAUUGGCUGCAAUGUAGCCCCUUCAAAGCUAUGAUCGCUGGAGUCUGGAGAUUGCAUGACUGAUCACACGUUCCCAUGAAAUUUGAAAAAUGUGUUGCUGUUGAUUCUGUAUUAUCACUAGUGUACAGUAUGUUCUUGAAAAUAAAGAUUUGUUGGAAAAAUA